AACGUUUGACAGAAAAAAAAGUUACUUGAGAGAAGGAAGGGACAGAACAUCAAAACGCUGAACAGUAUCACAGCGAGAGAGUUGAGAGAAAGAGAGCGAGAAACUGAGGGUAAGUGAAGAAAAAUUAAGCAGUUUAUCCGAUCUUUCUUUCUGUGUAUCACUUUUUUAGAGGGGAGCUUUGCAUAGAUUAGAGCGGAAGGUUAAGUACAAUGAAAGUGCAGUGGCCCGGUUUUGAUCAGGAGCACUUUAAGGAAAUUAGCAACACAAGAGGUAGGUAUCCAGAAGACAGCAGGUAGUAGAACUUGCGUUAGUUGUCACAGUCCUUCAUGGCGUCUGCUAGCCUUGGAAAUGGUGGGGCCAGCAGUUCAAGGUCUGUUAAUGGAUUCAGGGGUUCAUCUAGUUCGGUGGAUUGGCUCGGGCAAGAGAUGCUUGAAUUAAGGUUGAGGGACAAGAUUGACCAUGAUGACGACAGGGAAAGUGAGCCUGAUAUCAUUGAUGGUGUUGGCGCCGAAACAGGACGUGUGAUAAGAACUAGCAUUGGUGGUCGAAAUGGUCAAUCUAAGCAGAAUGUCAGCUACAUUGCCGAACAUGUGGUUGGAACAGGCUCUUUUGGUGUUGUCUUUCAGGCAAAAUGUAGAGAAACUGGAGAGAUUGUAGCCAUCAAGAAGGUUCUCCAGGACAAACGCUACAAGAACAGAGAGUUACAGAUUAUGCAAAUGCUGGAUCAUCCAAAUAUUGUUGCCCUGAAGCAUUGCUUCUUCUCAACAACUGACAAAGAAGAGGUUUACUUGAAUCUGGUGCUUGAAUAUGUUCCUGAAACUGUUAACCGUAUUGCAAGGCACUAUAGCAGGAUGAAUCAGCGAAUGCCUUUAAUAUAUGUCAAACUAUAUACUUACCAGAUUUGCAGGGCCCUUGCUUAUAUACACAACUGCAUUGGAAUAUGUCAUCGUGACAUUAAACCCCAGAACUUACUAGUGAAUCCACACACGCAUCAACUAAAACUUUGUGAUUUUGGAAGCGCAAAAGUGUUGGUGAAAGGAGAACCAAAUGUUUCUUAUAUCUGUUCAAGAUAUUACCGUGCUCCAGAGCUUAUAUUUGGUGCAACUGAGUAUACAACUGCCAUAGAUAUAUGGUCAACUGGUUGUGUGAUGGCUGAACUACUUCUUGGACAGCCUUUAUUUCCUGGAGAAAGCGGAGUUGAUCAACUAGUUGAAAUCAUCAAGGUUUUGGGAACUCCAACCCGGGAAGAGAUAAAAUGCAUGAACCCAAAUUAUACUGAAUUCAAGUUUCCGCAGAUCAAACCUCAUCCAUGGCACAAGGUCUUUCAGAAGCGUCUACCCCCAGAAGCAGUUGAUCUUGUAUGCAGAUUCUUUCAGUACUCUCCCAAUUUACUGCACUGCGAUGCUGCAGCUGCUUGCAUUCAUCCCUUCUUUGAUGAAUUAAGGGACCCAAACACCCGCCUUCCUAAUGGCCGCCCACUUCCUCCUUUGUUUAAUUUUAAAUCUCAGGAGCUCGCCGGUAUACCACCUGAUAUCAUCAAUCGGCUGAUUCCAGAGCAUGCUCGCUGUAAAUCAUCUGGUGCAUCUGAGAAAGAAUUUCACAGAAAGAGUUCAUAGGAUAUAUAUAUAUAUGUAUGCACCCUGAAAAAAGUUGCUGUAGUCCAUGGAGUUGCUUCCUGUUGUUGCUGGAGAAACUGCUUUUUCCAUGUACAUCUGAGACAAAGUAAUAUUGAAAUGAGUUUUGUAAGAUAAGCGGUAUGAGUUUGUAUAUGUAUAAAUUAUACGAUACAGCUUGAAUUAUGCCCCCAAUCCAUUCCAAUUAAUUUUGAUGCUAUGUUUUCCUUCAA